AAGAUCUGUGAGUUGUUUUGUUUUUGUUUUUCUCUCUGGUCAGAUCUGUAGAGUCUUCUUCCUCGACGCCAUUAUUAUUCUUUUUCAUCUCCGGAAGGGUGGAAUCAUGUCUAACAGGAACGAAUAUUCUUCUUUACCCGUUAGCUCCUAUUUAGAAUUGCAGCGUCAGAACGAGUCCUCAAAAUCUGUAAGCAUUCCUUCUUAUGACGAAUCCGAAGUGUAUUUGGGAUCCAAAAUCGAAGACGAGGAUGAAGAUUUCGAAACGGACAUCGAUAAUUACCCCCUUGUGAUUGUGGGCUCCAAUAAAGGCUCUGGGAUACCUGGGGCUGUUUUCAAUUUAACAACUACAGUUAUUGGAGCAGGGAUCAUGGCUCUCCCUGCCACUAUGAAAGUUCUAGGAUUGGUUUUGGGGAUUAUUUUGAUUAUUCUUAUGGGAAUUUUGUCUGAAAUUAGCGUCGAACUGUUGGUGAGGUUUUCUGUUUUGUGUAAGGCAUCGUCCUAUGGGGAGGUUGUUCAGCAUGCAAUGGGAAAACCUGUGAGGAUUUUGUCUGAAAUCUGCAUCAUUUUGAACAAUGCCGGUGUUUUGGUGGUUUACUUGAUAAUCAUGGGGGAUGUUAUGUCUGGUUCCUCUCACCAUAUGGGGGUUUUUGAUCAGUUAAUGGGGAAUGGGGCGUGGGAUCAAAGGAAGAUUGUGGUUUUAGUUGUCAUGGUGGUUUUCCUUGCUCCCCUCUGUUCACUUGACAAGAUUGAUUCAUUGAGCUUGACCUCGGCUGCCUCUGUAGCUCUUGCUGUUUUGUUUGUCGUUGUUGCUUUUACGGUUGCUUUCAUCAAGCUCGUGGAAGGACGGAUUGAUUCUCCCAGAUUGGCUCCUGAUCUUAGCUCCAAAACUGCAAUUUUGGAUUUUCUUGUUGCGAUACCCAUCAUGACCAAUGCAUAUGUUUGCCAGUUUAAUGUGCCGCCAAUAUAUAAUGAGCUUGAUCAACGGUCUCCUCAGAAAAUGAACAUGGUUGGCAGGUACACCACAAUUUUGUGCAUCCUAGUUUAUGCUUCCACUUCCAUAUCGGGUUACCUGCUCUUUGGGAAAGACACAGAGGCUGAUGUACUAACUAAUUUUGAUAAGGAUCUUGGUAUCCGGUAUAGCUCGGUCUUGAACUAUAUUGUCCGGAUUGGCUACAUUCUUCAUUUGAUACUUGUUUUCCCUGUUAUUCAUUUUUCACUGCGCCAAACAGUGGACGCAUUAUUGUUUGAGGGAUCACCUCCUCUUUCAGAAAGUAAGAAGAGAUCUUUGGGGUUGACUGCGGUUCUGUUGGUCCUCAUAUAUAUUGGGUCUACUAUGAUUCCAAACAUCUGGACAGCUUUUAAGUUCACUGGGGCAACCACGGCUGUUUCAUUGGGUUUUAUAUUUCCUUCUCUUAUUUCAUUGAGACUAAGACAUCUGGGUGAUCUAAGCUACGGGGAAUGGGUUUUGUCAUGGUUGAUGUUGGUAUUAGCUGUGACUGUUAGCAUAGUAGGAGUUGUUAGCAAUGUUUAUAGCCUUGAGAGUAAGUCUUAGCCACACAAUUUGGUUUCUUCUUUACAGGAAUCAUGUGGUAAUUUAAAGUAAACAUUUCUUCGUUGGCUCUGCUGCAAUGUGAUUCAAACUGCAGAAGAUGGGGUGCGCAGGAUUGUUUUGUAACAUGGGAAAACUAUUUUUGCUCCGGCUAUGAUAUAUAGGGUAUGAGAUGCAUAUAAACCUUCAACACGUCCUCCAAUUUUGAGGACUGAUGACCAAUUGGUUCAGGACCAGAGGACUGUGGCUUAUCAGUUUGCCGCAGUAUGUAUACAGUUCUGAUCUUUAUGGCAGUAUUAUCUUUUUUCUUCAUUGAUUUUCCACAAGGUUGAUGUUGUAACAUUUUGUAGCAGAUUCUGCAAUUGCUUA